CUUUUAUUCAUCAGACACCGACGUGUAAUUUCACAGCCUCUUCAUAUGCAUUCGUAAUUUUUCUUUGAACUGUUAAAUGAUUUUGAAGCUCAAUAGGAAAGCAACGCGCGUAGUUUUGUUGUCGCAGUUGAUUUUUCUCAACUUUUUGCGAUUGCUCUUGUGAUUUAUCGCGUUUCCUCGAGUGUUAUGUGCAAAAAGCCAAACCAUUGGAGAGGAAUUAAAGAUGCAAAGAUUAGCAAAUAAAACAUCGGUAAAAUUUGCGAGCUUUGAAGCAGUAUAGACAUCGGCGACUCGAACGAAAAACGAUUACAGUGUAUUUUAAAUUACGACAAAGCGGGAAACAAGACCAGCAAACUGAUACUAACCAAAGUGAAAUUGUGUUACCGCAACACAAGCCAUUUUCAAGAGCAUAUUAGUGAAAGAUUGUACUGCCGCUAAUAAAAACAAGGCGAAAGUAAACGUCAAAAUAAAUGGGGAAAGAAAAUGUAAAGACUUUUGAAAAUAAUGACAGACAAAAUGCCCAGCACGAGCAAAAUAUAGGAUCGAACAGGAAUAUGUUUAGGUUCGACGAUUGCUUCGGCAACAAGAAACUUGUCAUAUACAAAACGUUCUAUUUCUUCUUUUAUGGCGCUUUCAGCAUCAUCAUCGCCUAUCUACCGUUGUAUUUCAAACAGCUGGGCCUUUUGGCGAGUCAUGUAGGCUUGCUAACUGGAGUCCGACCGUUACUCCAAGCGAUAGGCGCACCGUUCUGGGGAAUGUUGGCCGACAAAAUGCGAGUACAGAAGACUGUUUUGCUUGCUGGGUUAAUGGCGUUCACAUUCAAGACGCUCCUAUUCAUGGUAUUUCGACCAAGUCAUCAAACAUGCGAAAUCACUUUCAUCAACAAGACGCAUAAAAUUAAAACAAUUUCCCCUAUUUCGCACAACGUUGACAAAUUCAAACGAGAGUUUCACAUACUUCCCAUGAUGGCUCAGAAAAUCUCAGCAAGAGAAAUUUGCGAAAACACAGAGUUUAUGAAAAAGAUAUUAAGCAACGAGAUUUGCAAGAAGAUUGAACAAGAACAAACAAGAAAGCCCAGAAAUGUUGUCAUGACAAAAGUUAAUUUGGACCAUGAUGUGGAAAGCGAAAAAUCUUCAGCAAAACGAAGGAAAAUUCUAGGGCGAAAAAAAACUCGUGAUUUGGAUGGAAAAACAAUUGUGGAAAUGCACACAACGCACACGAUUAUUUACACACGGCGUAACGAUAAAACUGAAAUGUCGCAUUUGUUCAUCAUUUUCCUUUUGUUGAUUUUUAUCGGUGAAUUUUUAGAAUCUCCCACAAUGACACUCACCGACGCCUCGUGUUUAAACGCUUUGAAAGAAAAAAAGCACUAUUACGGGCGUGUCAGACUGUGGGGCUCGGUGGGCCAUGGUUUCUCGGUUCCAGUCGUUGGCUUUUUUAUUCACGGCUUUCGGCAAAUCAUUUGCGGUGAUACGCAUGGCAAUUAUUUCAUUUUGUUCAUAUCCUUCGCUGCUCUUUCCAUCUGCGCCAUUUUAACAGCGACAAAAUUUCGUUUCAACUACGAUGACGAACAACCAACAUGGCGUUCCGCCAUGUUCCUCGUGCGUUUUCGUUACGCUACGUUUCUGCUGGUCGCAUUCUACCUCGGUUGCUGCCAUGGUUUUCUGAUGAACUUCAUUAAUUGGUACAUCGAAGAUUUGGGCGCAACCACUCUAAUUAUGGGCAUUGCAGGUGGAUUGAAAAGCAUUACCGACGUUAUAGUUUUUUCGCUCGUUGGCUCCGCUAUCACCAAGAUCGGUUAUGCGAACGUGCUGAAUUGCACGCUCUUUUCAUAUGCGUUAUGUUUUCUGGGCUUUUCGUACUUGAAGAAUCCGUGGUUUGCGCUGCCUUUAGAGAUCGCCCAAGCGGGAAGUUACGCAGCGACGUGGUCGACCUGUGUAUCGUAUAUAGCAAGCUCAACUCCGCUGCAGUCACCCGCAACUAUUCAAGGCAUUCUUCAAGGUGUGUAUUGGGGAUUAGGAACCGGUAUUGGUGCAAUCGUCGGGGGCUUUUUAGUGCAUCAUUUGGGUGGCAAGACUACAUUCCGAGCGUUCUCAUUGGUAACGGCAGCAGUCUUUUCGUUGUUUGUACUUCUCCAGUUAGUGUUACGAUAUGCAGGUCGCGAUGCACUGGAUUAUCACAAGCUUCCCGAUCCGGCAGAUUACAGCCCUAACCUUCUCUCUGACGAUGCAAGCGAUGAUGAAGACAAUGAGAGCUAUUACGACUCGAAUGGUGACCAAGAUGAAUGAAUGAAUAAAUGUAUACUCAUUUCUCCAUUCACAUAUUACCAAUUGCGUUCAACUGGUAACUGUUCCGAAUUUUUCGCGUUUGUUUACGUUUCAAACGUCACGUUUGUCAGACGAAACGUCGGGUUUCAACUGGUAAACAUUACGUUUGUUCAAAUGGCGGAUAUCUAAGUUUGUAACAGCUCUUUCUUAUAUUAUAUGGUCAAUUAUCAAACUUUGCAAAUCUCCCAAGGUAUACAGAUGUAUAAUUUUCGGUUGCUACAGCAUUUUACCAUUGUAACUAAAAUCGUACGUACAUGUUAAUCACAUGACCAAAACCUGUUCAAAUUGUUCCUCAAACGUUAAACAUUCCUCAGCUAACGUUACGUUUCUAAUUUGAAACCGUUUCGUCUGACAAACGUGACGUUUGAAACGUAAGCAAACGCGAAAAAUUCGGGACAGUUACCAGUUGAACGCAAACGGUAAUAACGUGCUACAGCUAGGCUAUACUUUAGAUUACACACGAGCGAUCAUGGAGCGCUCUAUAUAAAAUUGAUAUUGUAUACCGUAUUAUUUCGAGAUUAACUUAUCUAUAUAAGUACUCUUACACGGUGCAACUUGUCUGGCAAUUUGUAUCCCAAAGACUGCUUACUCAGAAAUGCAAGUUGCACGAUUAGGGAUGUUACACUAUGCAAUGCUUCUAGCAACUUGUUUUGCAAAAACAGCUUUUUUUGCGCAAUAGUUCAUUUCAAUUGUAAGCCCUAGGUACUAGCUAUGGCGAGUUGCUAUCAACCGUUGAAAAAGUUGCAUGAAGAUUGUUACACGGUGAAAUACCACAUUCUACUACGGGCAAUGCUUCUUGUUACAAAAUCAUUGCUUAAUUUUAUUAUUGCGAGGAAUUGCAAUCAUGCCUUGCAAUCUUGCGACCAAUUUCUAUCGCAAUAUAAGUACAAGAUAAUUUGCAUUGUUGUACGGCGUAUUUCGUGCAAUCUUGCAUAUAAUUUAGACUGAAAUUUUCUGUGCAAAAUUCAAACCUGUCGCUAUGCCAGGAUUUUGAAAGAGCUGUCUUCUGCUGGUGUUUUUUACAGCACAAACAACUUGUAUUCUUUGUCGAUAUUAUAAAUUGCUUGGUAUAAUAUCUGUGUUAUAGCGUAUAGGCUUUAUCAACAGUUCGUAAACUUUGUGAUAGGGUUGAAUGACAGCUUUUGAGUCAAUGCAGCAUUAAAAGUUGUCUUCACUAACUUUAAAAAAAGGCGAGUUGAACAUUUGAUAAUUAUUCGUCUGUUGCGGUGAUUUCGAGAUUUUUCUUCGCUGAAUUUUCGCAGUAGGGAGUUGUAAAAAUGUCCUGUAAAAAAGUCAGUUCGGACAAUAGCUACGGAAGUUAUUUUUUCAUUAAUGAGCAAUGGUGAUUUUGGUUAUUGUUAACAAUACAAUGCGUGCACCUUCGCAUCGCAGGUAACCGUUGAAUUUGCAAUCUGUUUUCACACACUGUGGAUAAAAAACAUAACCUAAAAGUGUGCUCUGAUUGGUCAAAGCCUGAAUUUGGAUCAACGCUUUCGAUCGUUCGCACGCUUUUCUUAAUUUGAGUUGCAGUAACGUAGUUAUGUGAAAAUUAUUUAAAAAAACUGUGAUUUAGAUACUUGAAUAUUAAACGAAUGAAAUCAAA